AUGAACGAGUUCACAUCCUUAACAGAAAAUACAUCAAGAAUUGAGCAAAAAAAGACAGAUGAUAACUAUUUGAGUUUAUUAAAAACAGUUCCGAGAAGAGAUACAUAUUUUGUUCUGUCUCCGAAACAAUUGGAAAGAUUAAAACUGAUUUCUGAAGCCGUUUUUAAAUUAGCUAAUGAAACUUUAUUAGAAAUCAUAAAGCAAAAUGAAGUAGAAUCAUGGAUGGAAUCAAACUAUGAUGUUGUUAAAUCACUUUGGAAAAACGGUCAAACUGGAAUAAAUUUAAUGAGAAUUGAUUUUGCUUGGGAUCAAGAAAAUAACUUUAAAAUAUUAGAAUUGAAUACUGCACAUCAAGUCGGUUGGAUAAUAACAAGUUUGGUUGAGAAAGAAGCAUCAGUUGAUAAAAUCGGUACUCCUCUUGCUCCUCAACCAAUGUUUUUGGCAAAUUACGUGUUUAAAAAGUUAGGUCCAAAAAUAGCCAUUAUUAUUUUAAAUCAAUAUAUAGAAUAUGAUUUAUUAGCAAGACAAAUUGAGAGUUUGGGUGGAAAAGCUAAAAUCAUCUAUCUUUCAGAAGGUGCCUUCCAAGAUAUUAUCGAUUUUGCACCCACUGGAUUAUUUUGGAGGAGCUACCCAGGAUUAAUAGAACGUUCAGAACUGGUACUCAGACUAUCCAGCUUAAAAAUACCACAAAUACCUCCGUUUGAAAGUAUAUUUAUAUCUGGUGACAAAUCAUUUUUAGCCAUCUUAAGUGAAAGAGAUGUAACUGGUGCUAUUCCUAAAACUUAUGUAUUAUCAAAAAGUGAUUUGAAAAAAAAUCUUAAUUUUUUAGAACAACAUAAAGCAGUUCUCAAAGCAGGUGAAUCAGCUGGGGGUAAAGAAGUUAUAAUCGGAAAAAAUUUUAAAAAUAAUUGGGAGGACAAAUUAAAAGAGAUUAUGAAUUCUGAUAAAGAAUGGAUAAUUCAAGAACUUUGUUAUUUACAAAAUGUCGAAGAUAAUAGAUAUGAAGAUAUUUCAGUUUUUGUUGCUGAUGGCAUUGUUCAGGGCUUUAUGUCUAGAAAUUCUGAUAAUGAAAUAGUAAAUGUCAAGCAAGGUGGAUUUUACCAAUCUGUCAUUUUGAAGCAUGAUAAUUAA